UUCUAUAAUGUCUCUCCUGUAUGAAAAACAAAUUAAUCCCACAUAAGCUGAUGAAGUGGCAGAGUGGAACACACUGAGCAGGACAUUGAACUCCCACAAAAAAUAUUUCCUUUUGGGAGCAGUAUCUCAGAUCACAAAGGAAGGAAGGAAGGGGGUGUAUCUAAAAGAUAAACCACACCAACUCAGUCUCUCUUCAUUCAGUCACCAGUCGCUGCAGAAGGUGCAGAAGUGUGUUACAUUACACCUUGUGUGGGAUGAGUCAAACCUGAGGCCUGCUGCCCAACAUCAUUACAGAAGAUAACUAAUGCUUUAUCCUCAGACAAGAAAUAAUCAGUUAACAAACAUGUCAAGAGGAGAAAUCAUCAUUCUUUUUCUGUCUUUACUGUUUGAGUCUACAUUGACUCAAUGCGAAAAUGAGAAAGACUGCCCCAAAGAGAACCAGGAAGUUUUUAGUAGUGUGACAGAUAUUCCUCACACACUGAGACCAGGCGUGACAGAAGUUUUCUUUUUGGAUGGCAAGAUUAAAACAAUCCCCAACGCAGCCUUUGCUACAAACCCACAGCUUGAAAAGGUGGAUUUCAUGAACACUGGCACAUUAUCUAUUGAAGCAGGAGCUUUUGAAGGUUUGGUAUCCCUCAAGGACGUUGAAAUCUCUAACACUGCAUUAACAUCAAUCCCAGUGGGAGUAUUUAAAGACCUCAGCAAUCUGGAAAAGAUUAUACUGAAGUUUAACAAGCUCCGUAGUUUGGAGAAAGGCUUGUUUGAUGGCCUUAAAAAAGUUAAAGAGAUCCAGUUACAUGGAAACGAGAUUGAAUUGAUUCAAGAUGGGACAUUUGAUGAUCUCGAGAACCUUGUGUUACUCCAUUUAGCUAAAAAUAAUCUUUCUGCUGCGUCUGCCAACUGGUUUUCAAACCUAAACAAACUACAAAUGCUACGGCUUUAUGAGAAUCAGUUGACCGCUGUUCCUGAGGGGAUUCUUCAGAAUUUACCAAACCUGAAGGAAAUUGGCUUGCACGGAAACAAAAUAGCAGAACUACCACCAAAUCUAUUUCCACAUAAAGACAGACUAUUGAAGAUCACUUUGGACAAUAACCUUCUGACUGGUUUACCUCAAGAUUUUUUUGUUGGCUUCCCUCAGCUUAAAACUUUGACCCUGCAGAAGAAUCAACUGACAAGUCUGCCACCUGUGCUUUUUGGAGAAAUGCCUAAACUGACUGAGUUAAGCCUCAGUCAAAACAAUCUCAGCACUCUUCCUAAGGGAAUAUUCAAACCCCUGAAGAAAGUUAAGAAGCUAGAUCUGUCUAAAAAUCAUUUUGUCACCUUGUCUGCUGAAUACUUUGAGGGCCCUGAGAAGCUCACAGAGCUCAAUCUACUGAACAACAAGAUAAAGUCACUGGAUGCAGAUGUGUUUGAAAAACUACAGUCACUGGUCACACUGAAGCUAGCCUUUAAAAAACUCAAAAAGCUCUACCUCAGUGACAACCCUUGGCACUGUGACUGCAAUCUGAUUUCUUUUCACCUCUGGAUAAAAGUGAAUGCUGACAAGAUUGUGUCGCCUGUGGUCUGUGAGUAUCCAGAACAUCUAAAAGGGAAGGAGAUCAAAUCCUUGACAGAAGAUCAACUUAUUUGCCCAACCCUUCCCCCCACUACUACUCUCUUAACCACCACCAUCUUGACAACAACUCUGACAACUACACAACCAACAACCACCAUACUUACUACCACACCAACCACCACUCUGCCAACCACCACAACUACUCUCUUAACCACCACCAUCUUGACAACAACUCUGACAACUACAAUGAUGCUCCCAACCACAACAUUACCAACUACACAACCAACCACCAUACAUAUUACCACAACACCUCUUUUUACAACACCAACCACCACUCUGCCAACCACCAUGACAACUCCUGCACCCCCGAUUACGGUCCAAACCACAGAUCCAAUCACUACAACACCUACAACCACACUGCCAACUACAACUGUACCAACCACAACUGUCUCCAACACACCCCCAGCCACAAAAGUAUCAACAUCCACACCCACAACCACUGUAAUAACAACCAUACCCACAACAAUGAUGAUCUACACCGCUCUGCUGCUGGUGAUGAUCAUCUUCACACUGGUGCUGGCUGGGAUGACCGUGUCUCUUUACCGCCUCCUGCAGCGCAAAAAGAGGAUGCACCAAACGGUUAAUCUCACUCAUGUCUCCUACAGAAGAGAGCUCAUCCUGAAGCCUCUACAAGAUGCAGAGACUCAAGGACUUUAAACAACCAUAGCACUUUAGAGAAAGAUCACUGGUUUGAUCCUCACCAUGAUGGUAAAUGAGCCAGCAGCAGUCAUAAAGUCUGCCAAACACCCUUAAACCUGCAAUAACAUUUUGUUUUGGGCACUUGAGGCCAGUGGAAACAGGAUGCCAACACAACAUUGACAUAUUAUCACCUUACAAAGUUGAAGAAUCAGACUCUUAAGCUGUGAAAUGCUCCUUUAUGUUCAACAGCUAGUCAGGAUGAGCCACCACUUUAGACAUACAACAAGUCAUGUUGCUGAUCACAUCUAUCUGAUUAUAUGUGCCAUGUAUAACUUACCUUUUUUGCUGUCAAUUGUCAAUUAAUAAACUUCUGAAAUCUGUUUGUCUAGUCAUGAGCAGCAGAGGGAGCCAGAGACCUACAAGACUUCUUCCUCUGUCUCAUUCACAGAAAUCAAGACAAGUUAAGGGAGUGUUACCAAACACAAACUGGAACUGGCAAAUAUAUCUGGAACUUACAUGUUCUAUGAUGUUCUACUAGUCUAAAUAAAAUGUAAUGGCUGGUUCUCUCUGCACUAGUCAAAUACCACAGCUAUUUUUUCUUAGUCUUUGGUUCUUGAUGAUGUUUAUUUUUUUGUUUUUUUCUUAGAUGGUAGCACAGGAGCAGAGCAGCUAGCCGUGUGCACACAUGUGAGUUUGUACACGUGAGUGUGUGUGUGUGUGAGAGAGAGAUAAUGAAUUAAGAAAUGAAAAUCUGAAUAAUCACAGUUUUAAAAUACAUGUCAUUCAAUAACAUGUACUUAUCAGUAAUCGUAUACUGCAAUCUAUACAUAGACAUGAAAACAUGCAUAUACUGUACAUAACCACUAUAUGUCUAUAAAAUAACUCAUUACCUUAUCCAUUCAAUAUUAGUUUUAACAUUCUUUGCACUAAUCAUACUCAUAUAAUUGUCUUUUCUUUUAGGUGAUGUGAUAGACAGAAACAUUGUCUCAUCCUAAACUAUAAAAUGGCCCGUAGAUUUCAGAAGUGAUAUUUUUUCAUCAUUCAUGUCUGGCAGGUUAAGAAAACACAUGCAGACAAAUAUUGACCUCUCUCAUUUGAAGGCACUACAUGUCUUGGACCAUGGGCUUCAUGGUAUUAAUGAUCAUAUGUGGCUUCCUACUGACAUGUUAAUAAACUGCAAUGCUGUAA